GUUUGACUUCAUUCAACUUAAGUUGAUUGUCCUUUUAAAUUGUUUUGAUUUUAAUUCUCUUUGUUUCUUUGUUUAAUUAUUGUGAAUAAACUCCAAGUAUUUUAAUUAGAAAAUUUGAUGAGAAAAAGUAGUUUUCUGAACAUAAAAUUGUUAACAUAUUAUGAGUUUUAAUUGAACGAUUUUUGUUAAAAUUUUCUCUUUUGUUUUUGUUUCUCUUUUUUGUUUGUUUGUGUGAUCAGUUAAUGAGAAAUGAGUAUUUUGGAUAACAAUAUGAAUUUACAUGGAGGUUAUUCAGAUUCAAUGGCAACUAAUGAUGGUCAAGAUUCCCCGGAUGGUGGUAAUAAUAACAAUAACAAUAAUAACAACAAUAACAACAACAAUCUAAAUAAUAACAAUAAUAAUAAUAAUCUAAAUAUUAACAACAACAACAACAAUAAUAAUGGCGGUGGUAAUUCAAAUAAAUUGUUUACCCUGAAAAAAUGGAAUGCAGUUGCCAUGUGGUCAUGGGAUGUAGUCUCUGAUACCUGUGCUAUUUGUCGGGUUAUCCUGAUGGAUGCUUGUCUCCGAUGUCAAGCUGAUAAUAAACAAGAUGAUUGUGUUGCUGUUUGGGGUGAAUGUAAUCACUCAUUUCAUAAUUGUUGUAUGUCACUUUGGGUACAACAAAAUAAUCGAUGUCCUCUUUGUCAACAAGAAUGGGUUGUUCAACGGAUCGGCAAAUAGUCAUCAAUAAAAACUGAUCAACAAACUUACAUAUCCAUGAGAAGGGAAAUUAAUGGAAACAACAAACAGAGAAGAAGAGAAAACAAUUUACCACCAUGAGUUUCACUUGAUCAACAUUUUCUCAUCGACGAUGACAAUUUAACCGAUUAAUUGUGAAGCAAAAUGAUAAUUACGUUCCUCUGUGAUUAUAAUCUACACUUUCUAUUAGCUGUUUUUUUUUCAACAGUUUCUAUUAAAAGAAAAGUCUUUCAGUGAUCACAA